AAUUGGAUAUCCAAUGUCUGCCAAACUGCUGUGAAUGUUGUGACAUGGGGAGUCUUCCCUGCAAAGGAGAUAAUCCAACCAACUGUUGUGGAUCCUGCCAGCUUUAUGGUGUGGAAGGAUGAGGCUCUCUAUUAAGAUUUAAUGGAAGGCUAUAAAGCUGUAGAAUUAAAUUUAGAGGACCAGUCGAAGGGGGAAAGGUCUCUCUGGGCACAAUGCCAAGCUGUGUCUGAUAUGAAAUUCACUUAUGUGGUAUCAUGCCAGCAAUAUGGAAUUCACAAGCGAUCUGGUGAUCCUCGAGCACAGGACAUCUUGAGGCUCAUGACAACCUACCCAUCACUUCGUGUGGCAUACAUUGAUGAGCUAGAGGAACCCAACAAAGACAAUUCCAAAAAGGUCAAUGAGAAGGCUUAUUAUUCUUGUCUAGUGAAGGCUGCUUUGCCAAAUUCUAAUUCUUCGGAUCCUGUGCAGAAUUUGGACCAGAUUAUUUAUAAAAUAAAACUUCCUGGACCAGCAAUCUUAGGUGAGGGAAAGCCAGAAAAUCAGAACCAUGCCAUUAUAUUUACACGUGGUGAAGGCUUGCAAACAAUAGAUAUGAACCAGGAUAACUACAUGGAGGAAGCAUUAAAAAUGAGGAAUUUGCUUCAAGAAUUUCUUAAAAAGCAUGAUGGUGUGAGGCACCAUACAAUUCUUGGGCUUAGGGAACAUAUAUUUACUGGAAGGUACUUGGCUAAGAUACUAGCACCUGAAGGUUCAAAGGAUGUGGCUGUGGGUCAACCUAUUGCAAUAACAGUUGAGGAUCCAGCUGAUAUUGAGACAGUAAACAAUAGUGUUUGCAGUGGUUCUGAAAUCAAAGAGGCAAAGCCAACGCAUCGUGAUGAUGGAAAUGAAGCUAAAGCUCAGAAAACAAGUGUUGCGAGGAUCAGUCCAUCUGCAAAGUUGCUAAUUACAGAAUAUGGAUUGGAUUUAUCAUCAUUAAAGGCAUCAGGCUCUCAUGGGACCUUUGUUGCUUGGCUGUGUUUAGUUUUCUACAAAUUAUCGUGCUAUUCUCCACUGAGAUUGCAGCUUGUGGGGAUUCAAUCACAUGCAGUGGAUAUUAGUGCAGCUACUUGAACGUGGACCUCAGAGGUAGGGUCCAAGGAAACUGAUGAAAAGGCUGAUGAGGUUCUAAAAUAGGAUAUUUUGGAUUGUUGGACGCCAGAAAAUCCCUAUGGAUGGACUAAAUCUAAGUGUUAAACAUUUCUAGAUUUAGACCAUCUAUAAUGAUUUUCUAGAGUCCAACAGUCCAAGAUAUCCAACUUUAGAACCUCAUCAGCCUUUUCUUCAAUUUCCUUGGACCCUACCUUUGAGGUCCACGUUCAAGUAGCUUGAAGAUGUUGGAGCUAAUCUGAAUGAAGGUUUUGAAACCUUUAUUGAAUAAAAAGGCUUUUUAUGUGGGUGGCUGAUAAAUGUACCUUGAUUUUAACUGAAGGAGAUUCAGCUAAGGCUCUUGCAUGAGAAUGCUUAGGGAAGAAUUACAGCUACUCCAGGAGCUUGGAUCAUAUGUUGGUGAAGUUGUCAAAGUAAUGGGGAAGAAUAAGGUUUUAGUUAAGAUAACUCCAUCAACAAGAGUUGCUCUCCGUAAUGACAGUUAUGUGCUUCAUUUAAUCUUGCCAACCAAAGUUGAUCCAUUGGUCAACCUCAUGAAAGUUGAAAAGGUUCCAGAUUCCACAUAUGACAUGAU